AUGACCACCCACACGCCAGAGUUCCUUGGGCUAAGGAAUGGCACUGGGUUCUGGAGCCAGGCUGACUAUGGGAAGGGAGUCAUCAUCGGGCUGCUUGAUAGCGGCAUCUAUGCAGCGCAUGCUUCCUUCAACGACCACGGUGUUCCACCACCCCCAGCAAGGUGGAAGGGCUCGUGCGACGCGGCCCGGUGCAACAACAAGCUUAUCGGUGCCAAGUCACUCAUUGCAGAUCAUGACUCUGACGACGAACAAGGGCAUGGAACACACACCUCUUCCACAGCCGCGGGAAACUUCGUAACGGGCGCAUCAUACAAUGGCGUGGGCACAGGUACUGCGGUUGGAAUUGCCCCUAGUGCCCACAUUGCCAUGUAUAAGGUAUGUGAUGCUCGUGACUGCAAGGCAUCUGCUAUACUGGCCGGCCUAGAAGAGGCCAUCAAGGAUGGGGUGGACGUGCUCUCGCUCUCCCUUGGCAGCAGCACCGGCGCCAGCUUCGAUCAGGACCCGAUAUCUAUUGGCGCGUUCAGUGCCGUGUCCAAGGGCAUCCUCGUGGUGUGCGCCGCUGGCAACAACGGUCCGAUUCAGAGCUCCGUCACGAAUGAAGCACCAUGGUUGCUCACGGUCGCCGCUAGCUCCGUGGACCGGAGCUUCAGCGUCAACAUACAUCUCGGCAAUGGCAAGACCAUUGACGGAGAAGCACUUACCCAGAUAGGAAAUCCAAGAUCAAAGUUGCACUCUCUCCUCUACUCCAAGGAAUGGCGGUACUGCAAUUAUGACUAUGAUAAUAGCAUCACUGGUAAGAUCCUCCUUUGCAAGGACAAUAAGUCAAGGGCUCAACGGUCCAAAAUCCGCAACAUAGUGGGCGCUGGCGCGACAGGUGUGGUAUUGUUCAACGAUGAAAUCAGUGGCUACACCACCACUGUUACAGAUUACAACUCCAGUGUUGUACAGGUGACUGCGGCCGAUGGCGAGGCCCUCAUAGCUUACAUCGCGUUGACAGACAAUAGCUCUAUGGCGUCUCUUGCGUACAACGGUACACAGUUUGGCGUCCGCCCUGCCCCCGUCGUGGCCUCGUUCUCUUCUCGGGGUCCAAGCUCACUCGCCCCCAACAUCCUAAAGCCAGACAUACUGGCACCGGGCCUCAACAUCCUUGCUGCUUGGCCGUCAAAAACCGGCCAUGGACAGGGCUCUUUCACCAUCAUAUCAGGCACAUCUAUGGCGACACCACAUGUCAGCGGUGUCGCGGCGCUCAUCAAAGGCAUCCAUCCUGACUGGUCGCCGGCCACCAUCAAGUCUGCCAUCCUAACAACGUCGGACAUCAUUAACGGUACUGGCGGCUCAAUCUUGGACGAGCAACAUAGAAAGGCCAGCGUGUACGACACAGGUGCCGGUCAUGUAAACCCGGCAAGAGCUGCCGACCCUGGCUUGGUGUAUGACCUCAGUGUCAUUGACUACGCUGGCUACAUCUGCUGGCUCCUUGGUGACAUCGGCCUAGCAACCAUAGUGCACAACUUGAGUUUGUCCUGCGCGAAGUUGCCCAAGGUCCAGGACGUGCAACUUAAUUACCCGACGAUAACCGUGCCGCUCACAUCCACGCAAUUCACUGUGAACCGGACUGUGACAAAUGUCGGUCCAGCAGAGUCAACAUUCAAGGCCAAAGUGGAUGUGCCAAGGUCUUUAACAGUGCGCGUCAUCCCGGAUACUAUGUCAUUCUCCAAAACCGGAGAGAAGAAGACCUUCAGUGUGUCCGUGAGUAGCCUUGAACUGGGCAAAGAGCUCUACGUGGAUGGAACCUUGAGCUGGGUAUCGGAGAAGCAUGUCGUGCGUAGCCCCAUCAUCGUUGUCCCCGCAUGA